AUGUCCCAAUCCUCAUCGCAAUCCCCCGACAGUUGGAUUGCCCAGUUCUGCAGCCUGGUGGGCCAUGAAUACUUCGCAGAAGUGAGCGAAGAUUUUAUCGAAGAUGACUUCAACCUCACGGGCCUGCAGUCGCAGGUGCCCAUGUACAAGGAGGCUUUGGAGAUGAUACUGGAUGUCGAGCCUUCAGAAGCAGGCUCUUCAGCCAUGUCCGGCGAGGGCUUGGAGGAGGAAGAAGAGGAAGAGGAGGAGGAAGAUGAUGGGUUGCUCGGUGAAGAACUCGACGAACCCGUCAACCAGAAUGGUGGGAGGCGCCAAUCAGCGGGCGCUUCGGCGUCCUCUCGCCGCCACGGCAGGACCUCCUCUGAUACAUCGGUGAUUGAGUCCUCGGCUGAGCUACUGUAUGGCCUAAUACACGCCCGUUACAUCACCUCAAGGCCUGGCAUACAACAAAUGAUGGAGAAGUAUGACCUUUCGCAUUUUGGAUACUGCCCGCGAGUCUAUUGCGGCGGAGCUCGCGUUCUGCCCGUUGGCUUGACUGACACGCCGGGCCAGCAAACGGUGAAACUAUUCUGUCCCAGCUGUCUGGAUGUGUACACUCCGCCCAACUCGCGGUUUCAAGCUGUUGACGGCGCCUUUUUUGGCACCACCUUCGGCUGCUUAUUCUUCAUGACCUUCCCAGAUCUCGAUAUCUCUCCUCCUAAACGAAAACAGCUGAAGGAAGGCAGCCAGAUCGAAGACGUGGAGAAUGUGCUUGGUCACGAACAAGGCCCUGGUAUGACAGCGAGCAGAUCUAGCAGUCUGACCCUCCCCAACCCACCAGCCAUACCCGGAGCUACGGCGCCACCUAAGGACGAUAAAACCACAGCCGCAGCCGCUGCUCAACUUGCUGCACUUCCACACCAACCCGCCGCCAUCAACGGUGUAGCGACGCCGAAUCUUGCACCGGGCUUGGGAAAGGGCAGGAUAUAUGAAGCUCGGAUCUACGGCUUCAGGGUUUCAGAAAGAGCCAAGAGUGGACCUCGAAUGAAAUGGCUACGGAGCAAGCCGGCUGAUAUCAACGAGCUGGAUGAAGCAAGAAUCUACCAUGAAAGGUUUGGUGGUGAUGUUGAUGGAGAUCUUGACAUGAAUGAAGACAACACGCCAUCCAACCAAGCAACUGGAAAAGAUGACGACGGCGAUGCGAUCAUGGCAAGUCAGAACCAGACGGCACCUGCAAAGAGCGCAAAGCGAAAGUCGGGAUCCCAGGGGCAACGAACAAAAGGAGCUGAAGCUGCAAUCGGACCGGGUUAG